CACACCACUGCUAUAUAUUAUACCCUAUCCCCACACCGCUCUCCUCUCACCAACCCCCCCUCUCUCUUUCUCUCCAUCUACGCCACAAUGCGAGGAGGAGGAGGUGGUUUGUGGCAACUCACCCAAUCGCUCCUCACCCGGCGCAUCGCCGCCGCCACCAAGGCGCGCCGCCCCUUCGCCACCGCCGCCGCCGCCGCCGAGGCCGAGCUCAAGAGGACGGCGCUGUACGAGUUCCAUGUGGAGCACGGGGGGAAGAUGGUGCCCUUCGCCGGGUGGAGCAUGCCCAUCCAGUACAAGGACUCCAUCAUGGACUCCACCCUCAACUGCCGCGCCAACGGCGGCCUCUUCGACGUCUCCCACAUGUGCGGCCUCAGCCUCACCGGCCGCGACGCCGUCCCCUUCCUCGAGAAGCUCGUCGUCGCCGACGUCGCCGCCCUCCGCCCCGGCACCGGCACCCUCACCGUGUUCACCAACGAGAAGGGCGGCGCCAUCGACGACUCCGUCGUCACCAAGGUCAAGGACGACCACGUCUACCUCGUCGUCAACGCUGGGUGCAGGGAUAAGGAUCUCGCCCACAUCGGGGCGCACAUGGAGGCGUUCAAGGCCAAGGGAGGGGAUGUCGCGUGGCACGUCCACGAUGAGAGGUCGCUCCUCGCUCUCCAGGGUCCCCUUGCUGCGCCAGUGCUUCAAGUGCUGACGAAAGAAGAUUUGAGCAAAAUGUACUUUGGUGAAUUUAAAACAUUGGACAUCAAUGGUUUCCCUUGCUAUCUCACGAGAACCGGGUACACUGGUGAAGACGGCUUCGAAAUUUCCGUCCCCUCGGAAAAUGCUGUCGACCUUGCGAAAGCAAUCCUUGAAAAAUCUGAAGGUAAGGUUAGGCUAACCGGCUUAGGAGCACGGGACAGUCUCCGGCUUGAGGCUGGCCUCUGCUUAUAUGGAAAUGACAUGGAACAACACAUAACUCCGGUUGAAGCUGGUCUUUCGUGGGCCAUUGGUAAGAGACGGAGAGCUGAAGGCGGCUUUUUGGGUGCUGAUGUCAUCCUCAAACAACUUGAAGAGGGGCCCAAAAUCAGACGGGUUGGAUUUUUCUCAUCUGGCCCGCCCCCACGAAGCCACAGUGAGAUCGUGACAAGCAGCGGGGAGAAUAUUGGCGAGGUGACAAGCGGAGGGUUUAGCCCAUGCUUGAAAAAGAAUAUAGCGAUGGGGUAUGUCAAGUCGGGUUUACAUAAGCCUGGGACAGAGGUUAAGAUUGUUAUCCGGGGAAAGCCGUAUGAUGCAGUUGUCACUAAGAUGCCGUUCGUUCCGACUAAGUACUAUAAGCCAUCUUAGACCAUGAAGAUGCUUGUUGUUUAUGAUGUGUUAAGGGUGGUGUAAUCCAGCUGCUGAAGAAUUUCUCGCUGAAUUCGGAAGCAGUUUUCCUGCUCUUAUUUGCUAAUAAUUGUUUUUCCUUUUGGUGUUUCUCCUAAUGUUGACUUACUGAAAAAAGCAUUCUAUUUAUGCUUCUGAGAAUGAAUGUCUGUGUCCUUCCUCUUUUCA